GAAGGCGAGCAUUGCAAUUGAGUUUUUGACAUAACGCGGCGACAAGAACUCUGUCUGGAAGGAAAGUGUUUUUAUUAAAAGAAUAUUUUAUGCGCGAUCAUUGACGUCUUGUCCGAAACAGUAACAUUUGAAGAAUAAGUUUAAACAAAUAAAUUAAUUGAUGAGGCACCAUGGAGACCGGCAAUCGAGCCAAUAUUGACUCCGAUAUCGAGUCUGACGGACCAUUAUUUAAGAAUAGGAAACGGCAGAAGUUGUCACCGUCGACCCGACCGCAAAACGAAAAUAAAUAUCAAAUGGCAGAUGGAAUACCAUCGCUUGAAUCAACACAGACCCAUAAGUACGUAACUACAUGCGAGAGUUUUAUCGAAGAAGUGGCCAACGGAUUCAUUACCAACUCCAUACAAAAUGUACUUACCGAAUCGGAGCUCGAUCAAUGUGCCAGCAAAAAAGCACCAAUACCAGACGAUUCAAAGUGUGAAAACAUUGAACUGUACACCCAUUUCGAGCCACAAGAAGGUCGUCCCAUAUUGAACACAUCCAUGAUGCGGUUCACGAAUCAAAGCCAACCAAAAGGCAGAAGUCCUUUAACAGUCGUUGGGAAUCAGAAUUCCAUCCCGCAUACGUCCCAAAAGAAACACUUACCAACCAUUUCAUCCGACGAAUCAUUCUAUUAUUAUCAACGGAAGGUGCCCCAGGUCAGCAGCGGUGUUGAUCAUUUCUCACGGCUUUCGUACGAAGUUAUUCUGUCCGUGUUCCAAUGGUUGCCGAAGAAGGCGUUGUUGCGGUGCGCUCUGGUUUCGAAACGAUUCAAUGAGGCUGCAGCCGACGAGUCGUUGUGGGGACGGUUAGACUUGGCCGGACGAAAUUUAAAUGUUGGCGCGAUGGGAAGAGUUUUGAGGAGAGGCUGUGUAGUUGUACGAUUGGCACAAACAAAGAUUGCAAGUCCAAUUUUCGUCGAUGAUGACGCUAAGAUAGUAUCGUUCCAUAAACUGCAAUACUUGGAUCUAAGCAUGACCACCAUAUCGCAACAAUCAUUGGUGGAGCUGUUCGCCAAAUGUGUGAACCUUAAAAAACUCAGUCUAGAGGCGAUUCCAAUCAAUGCGGCAGUCUGUGCCGGUAUCGGUAAAAAUCGACAACUGGAAGCAUUAAAUAUGACUAUGUGUACCGGACUGGACAAAUAUGGCAUAAAAAAUUUGUUAUUAGAAUUGAAAUCAUUGGAAAAUUUGAACAUUUCAUGGACAUCAAUGAAUACCGAAUGCGUUGAUACAUUAAUCAAACGAGCGCCGAGAAGUUUGAUCCGUUUGAACAUUGCCGGUUGCCGAAAAUCAUUGGCAGACAAUCAUAUUGCUGAGUUGGCAAAUCAAUGCCCGGGUCUAAUUGAAUUGGAUGUCUCGGACUGCGUAAAUUUAACAUCCCUUUGCAUUGAAUACUUGAGAAAGUUUAGACGUUUGGAAUUCUUGUCUAUGUCACGGUGCUACAAUAUAACUCCGGCCUCAUAUAUAUCACUCAACGAAACGCUGCCUCUCUUAUUUUUAGAUAUAUUUGGUGUAUUGUCCGAUGAAGCCAUAACACUCAUCCAGAAUAAAUUCCCAACAGUUGGAAUAAAUAAAUUCAUUCACAGUGCCGUAGCUCGACCAACCGUUGGAACACGACGAACGUCAAUUUGGGGGUUGAGAACCAGAGAUGGAUGAACCGCAUAAUUUUGCCACUUCCACUGCAGUAUAGACUCGUUAGCAAGUGAAUAUUAUAUGAAUUUAGUAGACUAACUUGUUUUUCUUGGAAAAGCCAAGAAAUGAAUGGAUUCGUAGGCAAAAUAAAAUCUGAUGAAAUGA